AUGAUGGUAGAAUCAUCACAAGAUUUAGACAAGACAACAGGAGAUAUAUCAGUUGAUAAUACUGAUGUUGAUAGUUUGGCAUGGGCACGAUUGAUGUCUUUGAACCCAGAGUUUCCUCACAUUUCACUUGAAGAUGAUGAAUGUUCAUUUGGUAGAGGUUCUCAACACAAAGUAGUCAUUCAAGAUAAAAAGAUAUCUCUUAAUCAUUGUAAAAUAUAUAGAAAACAAGUUGAUGGUGAUUUUAAAAUAUUUUUAGAAGAUUAUAGUUCAAAUGGUACAUUUGUAAAUAGUAAAAGAGUAGGAAAAGGAAAUACAAUUACAUUGGUUCAUGGUAAUGAAAUAUCAUUGACUUCGAUAGUAGAUUUGAACAAUCAAAGUAGAAUUGUUUAUGUUUUACAUGAUUUGGAAAAGUUGAGACGUGAUGCAGAGGAGGAAAGAGCUCGACUUGAAAGAGAAGAAGAGGAAAGAAGAAAGGUGGAAGAUCAAGAGGAAGGUCAUACUCAAAUCAUUGAUGAUAUUUCAAUGAGUGACUUGCCAGUUACUCCAAUCAAAUCAAAUAGUAAUAUUAAUACAGUGACUACACCAGUUACUCCUCUUGUAAAAGAUUCAACUACUUUGGUAACAAGUGGUAGUAAUCUAAUGUCAAUCAAGAAAUCAAGCAGUAAAGGAUCUUUUAAGCAACAACAACAAUUAAAUACUUCAACUUCUUCUGCAACAGACAAUUCUGUUGAUAAAACUCCAGUAUCUACACCAACCAAAAGACAAUCAAGUGGAAAUAUCGUCUCUUCCCCUUCUACUAGUACUACAAGUACAUCAACUACUACAACUACUGCUGCUCCAGAUUCAAAAAGAAAAAGAGAUGAUGAAAUGGAUGAUACAUCUACAUCUACAUCAACAUCAACAACUAGUACAACAAAUACUUCAGUAGUAAUUGAUCAAGUUAAAAAGGCACAAAAAAUAGAUCAUGAUACAAUGGAAGAUAAUUUAAUGUGUGGAAUUUGUCAAGAAAUCAUUCAUAAAUGUAUUACUCUUAUUCCAUGCAUGCAUAAUUUCUGUGCCUGUUGUUAUGGUGAUUGGAGAGCAAACUCUUCAGAUUGUCCACAAUGUAGAACUCCUGUCAAAUCUGGUCAAAAGAAUCAUGCCAUUAAUAAUCUUAUCGAAUCUUAUCUUCAAAAGAAUACAGAAAAAAGACGUGAUCCAGAAGAACUUAAAGAUAUGGAUCAAAGAUCUAAAAUUACUGAUGAAAUGUUAACAAAAGGUGUAUUAAACAAAUCAAAUGGAAAAUAUUAUAAUGAUGAUGAAGAUGAAGAUGAUGAAUAUGAUGAAGAGGAGGAUGAAGAGGAAGAUGAUAAGUGUGUAAAUUGUACAACUCCUGCAAGUGAUGGAUUUAAAUGCCCUCCAAAUGCAAUGCAUAGAACUUGUUCAGCUUGUUAUGAAUUAUUCCCAAGUAGAACUCCAAAUAUUUAUCCUGAUCAAUGUGAAUUUUGUAUGAGACAUUUUUGUCAAAAAUGUUAUAAUAAUGGACAUCUUAGAAGAUUGGCAGAUAUUAAUGCAGGUGGAGUUGUACCUAGAAAUACAUUCUCUGGCAAUCAAUUUGAAAUCAAGAUUCUUACCGAUUAUUUACAAGAAAAAAACAAAAUGGUUCAACAAUUAUACACAGAGGUUAUCACUCAAAUCGAUCAAGGAAUCAUUAAAAAUGCAGACAUUCAACCAUUAGCACCAGGAAGACCAGAGAUCAAAGGAGAACGUAUCACUUGUGAUCAUUGUGCCAAGAAUAUUUUUGCUCAAGCUCUCUUUGCCUAUCGUAAAAACCUUCCUAAGGAUCAACUACCAGCAUACGCUCAUGCCAGAGAUAAAUGUUACUAUGGAAAAAAUUGUAGAACUCAAUUUAACAAAUUUGAUCACGCUAAAAAGUUUGAUCAUAUUUGUGAUCAAACUAAAUUCUAA